AUGUUGUAUCUUUACCGUAAAAGGUGUUUGAAUUCCAUUUCACAAUCGAUUCGACUGUUUCUGUCACAAUCAUUUCUCUAUAAAACAGCAACUGAUUCUAAAAAUGUGGGGGAAGUUCCAAAGUUAAAUGUUAAGUGGUACUAUGCUACAGAUGUUCCUCUUUCUAAGCCCGAAUGGUACGAAUUUGAUCAAGAUAAGAAAGCUCUGAAAUUUCUUCCGUUUUCCGCUUUUGACUCUGUCAGGUUGGAGAAAAGAUUUCAAGCAAUUCAUAGGAAUUCUUCUGGUGGGGAAAAUCAAGAGAAGCAAUUGCCACAUACUAUUGAAGUUAAUGAAGACAGAUUGUUCCAGGUUGAUAUCAAAGAGAUGACUCUCUCACCUGUGUACUGGCAGGGUCCAGUAUAUGAAGUUCGUCGAGGUACUUGGUUUAACUCCGAUGGAAUUCCUCUUCCUAAUUCACUUUCGCAGGCAAUAGAGGUAGGCUACCAAUCGAAGAAGCCAUAUCUCUUCAACGAAGAGAUCAAACUCAAGAAACAAAAGGUGUUAGAUUCUUCUGCAGAGUCUACAAAUGCUGAAAAGGUGACCAAGGCUUCGAAAGACGCUGUAAUCCAAUUUAAUAAGCUCACAAAUGCAAUUAAGAAAGAUAAAGCAGAUGAAGUUAUCGUAGAAAAUGAAAAGGACAUUAUUAAUCUAGGAAAUGGCCAGUUGAUACUAUUCUGUGAUGAGAAGUAUGCUGCGUUAUUUCCUGAUACUGUCAAUAGUGCAUUUGAAAUUGAUGUCAUUAGAAAUAUCUCAUCAAGUCCUGGGGUUGCAUUGCUUUCCGUUGAUAAAAUUCAGAGAGGCUUCACAGAUGAUCUAAGUAACACAAUAUUCGAUAGCUUGCCCGACAACCCGAUUCCAGGAUUUGCAGAUUCGUUCAAAAAUGAAGUCAACCAACUAUUUAACCCAGUAAAACAGGAUGCUACUGAUUCAGCUACUCCAGGAUCAGAGGAAGAAGUAGAUAAAAAGGCUAGACACGUUUUGGAAGCUGACUAUGAUCAUGACAGCACAAAGGCUAAGGCUAACCGUAGAGUUGAUCAUCUCAUAUUGUGUAUUCAUGGAAUAGGGCAGGUUCUCGGCGGUAAGUAUGAAUCUAUUGAUUUUACCCAUAGUGUCAAUGUCAUGAGAAAUACCAUGAAAGAUGUAUAUAAAUCAGAUGAAAGAUAUGUCAAGUUGGCUCACGAAAAUGAAGAGGAGAGAGAUGAGGACUAUUUGGAAAACAACACUAUUCAAGUGCUCCCAAUUUCUUGGAGACACAGAUUAGAUUUUCAACCUUCUAAGAAUUUCGAAAGUUUUGAUGAUGAUGGAAAUUACCGAUUACCGAAACUCUCCCAAAUUAAUGUUGAUGGAGUCAAAUCUCUAAGAAACAUGGUUGGCGAUGUUCUUUUGGAUGUGUUAUUGUAUUACGAGCCCCAUUACAUAGAGCAAGUGUUCAAAAUAGUAAUACUGGAACUCAACAAAGUGUAUCAGCUCUAUAUAGAAAAAAACCCAGGCUUUAAUGGAAAAGUUCAUAUUUUGGGCCAUUCUCUUGGGUCCGCGAUAGCAUUUGAUAUCAUGUCACUGCAGUAUAAUGAACGGCCCAAAGAUUUAGAUCUCACGAAAGAUUUAAGCUUUGAUGUGGAUAGCUUGUUCUGCGUUGGAUCUCCGGUUGGUGUGUUCAAGUUCUUAACUCAACAGAACAUUAGUGCAAGAUCCUCAAUGUCCGAGUCCUUCGAUCCGAGAUCUUCUAAAAAUUUGCAGUCAUCUCCAAAGUGUGAAAAUUUGUAUAAUAUAUUCCAUCCUUGCGAUCCUGUUGGAUAUAGAAUGGAACCAUUGGUUUCUCCUAAAUUCGCCAAUUUCAAGCCGGAAUCAGUGCCAUUUGCAGUGAAGGGGUUGAAUACGCAGAUAAAGGAAUUAGCUAGCUUUGGUGAAGCCAUUCAUCAAAAGCUUACAGCUUCAAUUUUUGGCACGAAAAAGCAUAAAACUGUGGAAGAUGGCUCUAUUGUGGAGGAACUGAGGAAGAAGAAGAAGAAGAAGUCUGUCGAUGAAGAAGAUGCUUUGAGUGAUAUACUUAGAGGAAUAGUUGCUGAUUCUGAUAAAGGGGACUCGAAAACGAACCCUGCACUGAUUGUUGAAAUGAGAGAAAGAGAUUUAAGUAUCCUCAAUGAGCUAAAUAGGUCUGGAAGAAUCGACUAUUGUCUCCCAAUGGGGGUUUUUGACAUUUCUUUACUCUCUGCGUUAAGCUCACAUGUUUCUUAUUUCGAAGAUAAGGAUACUGCCGGUUUUAUAAUGAAGGAGAUACUUUCCUCUGAUAAAGAUUCUACAGAAUCCAAGAAGGUUGCCUUAUACGUUAAAAAGUAA